AUGAACGUCAUUCACCACCGAGAGUCUUACGAACGGGAACUCCCGUUAAUUUUGGGUAACGAUGACUAUGAACAAUCGAAUACGAAACUGAAUUGCUGCGUGAACAAUGCGGAAGAAGUUCAGGCAAAUGAUUUGAUUCUUUUCUAUUAUUCGGGUAAUGUUCAUCAAACAAAUGAGGAAUGUUAUCUGAUUCCAAUUCAAAAUCAACAUUUGACUAACGGAGAGGCGAUUCCGGAUCUUGCAAUUCCUCUGGAAACCAUCGUUCGACGUUUAUCCAACGAGAAAAAACAGCCAUUUGCAUUGAUAUUCAUCCUCGAUUGA